UGCAGAGUGGUGAGAGGAACACGAGAUGAAUUCAACAAUAUUCACUUAUUUAACACACGAAAAGUAGGACUAUUAAAAGCAUGAUGUAAUCUUAUGAUAGCAUAACUGUCGUAUUGAUUAACCCCUGAGGGCGAAAUUUAUGAAUUACGGAAUAGCUGGACACAUAAAAUCUUAGCCUACUCAGGUAGAGAGUAUUAAACCGCUGAAGAUCUGUCGACAUACCGUGUUGAAAACAUAGAUAAAGAAUUCUUAUAGAGAAAUUAUAUGCAUUUUCUGGAAAGACACUCAACGUACCCUAUGCGUAAAAGACUGUAGGCUACGACGCACAACUAAAAAUGGACCAGCAGAAAACGAUUGAAAGGCAUUUUACAAAAAUGAACAUUAUAUUUGAUGAAGAUUAAAUAUUAGAUCGUUUUCACGAGUUGUUUUUGCAAUACAAAAAAUAACUGCAGCGUGUUAUGUCAAAGACCAGCGUCGGGAGGCACAACCAGUGAUGUAGGAAUCAUAAUCUGCACAACGGACACACCUGUAAUCAACGUCAAUAAAACAUACACGAGGUAACUCUAAACCGGGCCAAUAAAACUCUUAAAUCAUUUAGCCAAUGCAACGUGUUGCAGGGAACAAACAAUAAACAGAUUCAUUUAGGAUAAAUUCUAUUUUGUUGCAUCAGGGGUGGAUACUGGGACGGACCGUUAUUCCCCAGGAGUUGCUCAUUUCCCUCCUCGGCACCAUUCGAGCAAGACAUGUCGCACUGUUUGGGUACCUGUCGUUUCAGCGAUGGCUGUUGACUGUCGGACUUUCGUCAGCUUCCAGCAAUUGUACUGAGUAGAUACAUCAAUUGUUUAAUGAAUGGAAAACGUUUAUCCUGUUAGUAUUUGAAAGAGAGGAGAGAAAAGUUUUGUGCAAACUUUUGGCACCUUCCCUCGGGAACGUCGGUAGUGACCGGAGCUGUCUCGCUUUUUCCCCCUUUCUGUGCGUUUGGAACUUUCUGAAUCAUCCAAAGGAAAGAUGACUCUUCUCUGCACACUGGGGCUCGCAGCGGUCGUGCUUUUCGGAGUGGUAGACAGCAGGGGGAUUCUUGAGGGUCUACAGAGGUAUGGCCCCAUGCCCACCUACUUGCCUGUCAGCUACCAGGUCCUCAACGCCGAGGCAGCCUUCUUUCUGAAGGAGGCCAACCAGGACCUGAUGAGGAACUCCAGCCUGCAGGCCAGGACCGAGCCCUUCUUCAUCCAGCAGGCCCGCCGGAUGCCCUCCAUCAACGCCAGCUAUGGACCCAUGUCUGUCCAGCAAACCAUCCCCCUGGAGCUCCUACAGAGCCCCGGACCCUUCAGUGGACCCUCUUUCACCUCCCCGUCAUCGUCCAUCUCCUCUUCUUCUCCGUCCCUUUUCACCUACAACUGGAAGGUCCAGACUUUCAUCAUCAGUGAGAGGAUCCACCCCAGUUGGCCCAAAGUGCAGGUGUUGUUCUAUGUGGUGGGCAGGGACUGGGAUGACUAUACCACCAUCCACAGGCUUCCCUGUGUCCGGAUGUUUGCCUUCCACGAGACCCAAGAGGUGCGGGGCAUGUGUCGUCUGAAGGGGGAGCUGGGGAUGUGUGUGGCCGAGCUGGAGCCCCUGGCUAGCUGGUUUAACCCCUCUACCGUGAGGCACGGCAGGCAGAGAGCUCCGGAGCAGGCCCAGGGCACCCCUGUGGAGCUCUACUACAUGGUACAGUCCACAGAGACUGGGGAGUGCAGCUCAGAGGACUUACGGAGGGGAAGUUCCAUGCGCACAGAGCACCAGGGGCCCAUGGGGUACUUCUCAGGGCCCACACCCAUGCAGCGUAUCGGGAGCGUGCGUCUGUUCCAGCCCAUGUCAGAGCUAAGGCUAGACAGUAACUUUGUGGUGAUGGUGCCCUCUAGACCAAUCAGACAGAGGGAGACGGUCUCCACCUUCCUGGCUCUCUCCACGCUGUCACCUGUACAGAUCUUCACCCUUAGGGUGAAGUUGAAGGAUGGCGUGGCGUUCUUGGGGGCGCGGGCCAGUAACCCAGUCCUGUGGACGGUGAGUCAGGACGUGAGGAGCGAGGGGCACAGGGUCGUCACUCUCCACUGUCACCGCAAUGAGAACACCUUCGGUCAGAGGCCGGAGGCGGGUUACCAGAGGGUCCUCCAGGUGGAUCUGGAGGUGAACGGGCUACUGGACCCGCUGGGCAGCCGGGUGGUGAUGUGGCAGGUGGAGUACCCUCCUACCCGCUCCCUCACUGAUGAGGUCCAGACCCUCAUCCGCCUGGCACCACAGGACUUGGGUGGCAUUGUGCCACUUGCAAUGGACACUGAGAUUCUGAAUACAGCUGUGCUCACCGGGAGAACAGUUGCCGUGCCAGUAAAGGUGGUCACCGUAGGAACAGAUGGCACAGUUACGGAUGUAACAGAGUCGGUAGAGUGUCGGUCAACCGAUGAAGAGGUGGUCAAGGUGUCGGAUCGUUGUGACUAUGUGUUUGUGAACGGGAAGGAGACGAGGGGGAGGAUGAGGACGGUGCUCAACUUCACCUACAGCUACCUGAGUGCCCAGCUGGAGAUGAGUGUGUGGAUGCCCCACCUCCCCCUGGUCAUCGAUGUGGCUGACCCCGAGCUCAGCCAGAUCAAGGGCUGGAGGGUCCCGGUGGCCGCUGGCAACAAGAGGUAUGAGAGGGUGAGUGCGGGUGAUGAAAGUGACAGUGAGAGGACAGAGAGUGGCUGUGUCCCCCAGUACCAGAGCACCACGGUGCGUGUCCUCACACACUUUGUGGCCCUGGAAGUUGAUGGAAAUGGCCAACAGGACUUCUUGCUGGGCAGUGAUUGGCAGGUGGACGUGACUGACCUGGUCCAGGAUUUACUGAGGGUGGAGGACCAACGUGUGGCCUAUCUACUGGAGGGACAGGUCCUGAUGGGCCUCAACACUGGCACAGCCAAACUACAGGUGAUGUCUCCUCUGUCUGACUCGAUCCUGGCUGAGCGGAUGGUCAGGGUUCUGGAUGAGAAAGUGAGCGUGACAGAGCUGGGAGUGCAGCUGGUGUCUGGCCUCUCUCUGUCCCUCCAGCUCAGCCCAGGGAGUAACAGGGCCAUAGUCGCCACUGCUACCACACAGGAAGUCAUGCAGAAACUCAAACAGGAGUCCCUUAUCAGUGCCUGGCUCCAGUUCAGCGACGGCUCCAUGACCCCUCUGGACCACUACGACCCCGCCCACUUUGUGCUCACAGCAACCUCAUUGGACGAGCAGGUGGUGUCGGUACGGCGCAGCGCGGAGUGGAAGUGGCCGGUCAUUGUGGCAAACGGAGAAGGGCAGGGGUUACUGGUGCGUGUGGAGAUGACAUCAUCAGAGCUCUGCCAGAAGACAAAGCGACGCACCAUUUUGGCAGCCGGGGUGGGAAAUGUCUGCGUUAGGUUUGGCCGCUCUGAGGAGCCAUACAGCCACCCUGGAGGCAAAACACGACCAGACCCGCCCUACUACGGAGGCUCCAUCUCUGACAUUGAGGCUGGGAUCAUGAACCGGGGGGCCACAACAGUCAAGACCCCUAUCCCGGUGAGGCCCAAUGGGGACAGGCUGUCGGCCGACGGAAGAGUCCCUGGGGGGUUCUCUGAGUUCCCUGCCCAGGAAGAGCUGCCGCGGGGCCGCAGCACGGACGAGGAUCUGUUGUCAUCACGCCGCAGCCUCACUGACCUGGAGAUCGGUAUGUACGCACUGCUGGGGGUCUUCUGCCUGGCCAUCCUGGUCUUCCUCAUCAACUGCAUCUCCUACGCCCUCAAGUACCGCCAUAAAGAGCUGCCCUUGGAGGCCCCCGAGGCCAUGCCCCAUGCCCACGACUGGGUGUGGCUUGGCCAGGAGGAGGGCCUGUGUCUGCAGCAGCAGCAGGACGAGCUGGGCAGCACCCUGGAAGAGGGCAGCCAGUUGCUGAACGGCGGUGUUCUGAAGGGCAGUGCCCAGGGAGGCUGCCCGGGAGGCAGGAACGAGUCACUCAACUCACCCACCACCAAGAGGAAGAGGGUCAAAUUUACCACCUUCGCCAACAUCAAGCCCAGUAACGGAUGCCCAGUUCUAAGCCCGCUGGCACUCGGACAGACCAGCGACAUUAAGUGGGUAUGUCCUGACAUCGAGCUGGGGGACUCGCAAGAGCUCCGGAAUUACAUGGAGAGGUUGAACGAGAAUGCUACAAAAAACAUUGUAUAGAGGGCUUGAUUUUUUGUGGACAAAUGAGUAACUCUAACUCACCCGAAUGCCUUCAGAGUAAGAAGGGAGUAAGGGGUGCUUUUUACUGAAACUGGUUGGCACUGUAUCUCGCCAUGACAACAAGACGGAACAUUCCAGCAAGUGUUGUUUCCAUGGUAACUGUUGUAAUAGUUGAUGAUCAUAAAUGAGGUGGGGGGUGGGAAUUGCCAUGACACCACAUUGGAUGUGGGAAUUUGUGAACUUGAAUGUCACUUUAAUUAGUUUAGAUGUCUGUUCCCUUGACUUGAAUUAAAAGAAAAGCUUACAUUGCAUUCAGAAAGUAUUCAGACCCUCUCACUUUUCCCACAUUUUUUACGUUACAUCCUUAUUUUUAAAAUGGAUUAAAUAAUAUUUUUCCUCAUCAAUCUACACACAAUAUCCCAUAAUGACAAAGCAAAAAUAGGUUUUUAGACAUUUUUGCAAAUGUAUUACAAAUAAAAAACAGAAAUACCUUAUUUACAUAAGCAUUCAGAACCUUUGCUAUCAUACUCGAAAUUGAGCUCAGGUACAUCCUGUUUCCAUUGAUCAUUAUUGAGAUGUUUCUACAACUUGAAUGGUGUCCACCUGUGGUAAAUUAAAUUAAUUGGACAUGAUUUGGAAAAGCACACACUUGUCUAUAUAAGGUCCCACAGUUGACAGUGCAUGUCAGAGAAAGAAAAAAACAAUGAGGUCGAAGGAAUUGUCCUUAGAGCUCCGAGACAGGAUUGUGUCGUGGCACAGAUCUGGGGAAGGGUACCAAAAAAAUGUCUGCAACAUUGAAGGUCCCCAAGAACACAGUGGCUUCAAUCAUUCUUAAAUGGAAGAAGUUUGGAACCACCAAGACUCUUCCUAGAGCUGGCUGCCCGGCCAAACUGAGCAAUCGGGGAGAAGGGCCUUGGUCGGGGAAGUGACCAAUAACCCGAUGGUCACUCUGACAGAGCUAUAGAGUUCCUCUGUGGAGAUGGGAGAACCUUCCAGAAGGACAACCAUCUCUGCAGCACUCCAGCAAUCAGGCCUUGAGAGGAUCUGCAGAGAAAAAUGGGAGAAACUCCCGAAAUACAGGUGUGCCAAGCUUGUAGUGUCAUACCCAAGAAGACUCAAGGCUGUAAUUGCUGCCAAACCUGUUUUUGCUUUGUCAUUAUGGGGUAUUGUGGGUAGAUUGAUGAGGGAAAAAACAAUUUAAUACAUUUUGGAAUAAGGCUGUAACGUAACAAAAUGUUGAAAAAGUGAAGGGGUCUGAAUACUUUCCGAAUGCACUGUGUUUCAUUUUGUUAUUAUGCGCGGCUCUCUUUGUUAACUUUUUAAAUCAUGAUUUCCUUAUACUAUUGUACAUGAUGUGGCUGCUUUUUUUCUAGUCAUGCCAUGAAAAUACUUAAAAUCUGUAAAAUAGUCAUAAAAAAUGUACAUUUGUUUUGCGUCUACAUGAAGCUCUCGGAUUUUCUGAUGUUAAGCAAUUAUAGAUUCUAUGAGAAUAGUGUUCAAAGCUAUCAAAGUUGUAAAUAAGUCGAGCAGAAAUACUGGUUUGGAGUACGUGAGACAACAUUUUGUAAAGUAUUCUGUAUUUUUGUACAUAUUUCUUUAGUCUGUCCUUCUUUUUGAGUUACAUUUUUUUCUCCAGAGACCAACAUGCAUGUUAGUGAAAACAAAGCCCAAGCCUGGCUUAGUUCCUGUUGAUCCAUCAGAAUUAAAUGUGUACAUACUGCACAGUCUUCCCUAUGAGACACAUGCAUCUCACACACACCUCCCUGUCAAAGACAUGACAUUCGUUUUAUAGCUGAGCUCCAGGUAUAAUUUUUUUAAUCUUUUUUUUUUUUUUUUUUUCCUUUUUCCUUUUUUUCUCUCCUUUACUUUUUUACUUGUAUUUUCUUUCGUUAUCUGUUUAUUAAUAGAAAGCAACACCAACGUCUCCUCAAUGUUUGUCACAUUAUUUUGUUAUUUUGUUGAUUCACUCAACUGAUUUGAAUAUCUAGUUUAAACCUGUAGCCUACAUGCAGGUUUUCACACUCCUUAUGUCAUUAGUUUAAUUCUGAACCUACAUGACAUGUAAUUGUUGUUGAGCAUAACUUCUGAUAUCUUGUUCUAAUCCCCAUUUUGGAUCUAUUUAUUUCUCUUUCAGAAGGACCAUAAUAACUGCAGAUUAUUACACUAACACUCAGCCAUAAACCCUAAACACACAGUAUAGUUCAGGUGUAUUAUCAUAACUAAUGGUUGGAGUAGAUACGUAUAGUAUCCCAGUGGAGAAAAUUGGUUGAAAUGACAUCAUUACAACCACAAACUGGUUGAAAUAACAUUGUUAUGACAUAAUUUAAACAAUUUGAAUUGUAGUAUAGGGAUAGUAGUAUACAGAUACACUAAACUUCACUUCAAUGACAUGAGCUGCUGAGUUCCAGAUUGAAUAGUAAUCGGCUACAUGGCACAACUCCUGACCCCCCCCCCAUCCCAAUCCCCUCCCUAUCCCUAUUCCCCAUCCCCUCCCUAUCCCUAUUCCCCUCCAUAUCCCCAUCCCCUCCCUAUCCCUAUUCCCCUCCAUAUCCCAAUCCCCUCCCUAUCCCUAUUCCCCUUCAUAUCCCCAUCCCCUCCCUAUCCCUAUUCCCCUUCAUAUCCCCAUCCCCUCCUUUCCCAUCAGUCAGAUCCAUAGAUGUCCAUCCCUUACUGUUUUCAGAAUGGCCUCUGGAUUGAUUAAAACUAAAGGUGAUACCUCUCUC